UUUUCCAAUUUGUAAUGAGCGGUUUUUUCUAUUAUAUACGCCAACUUGAACUGUCCAAUGAAAGUUUUCCUACAUCUUACCAUGGACCUACGUCCAUUUGUAAUCAUUCAAAACGUUCAUGUUUCUAAGAAAAUGAGGUUAUGAGAGAGAAAAAGACAGAUAGAUGGAGGAGAAAAAUAUAAACAAUGUAUAAAAAACAUGUACCAAGAAUCUCUCUUUCAAGUUGAAUUCUAGACAAAUGAGACAAUUGUACUUAUAAUAUAAUUCAUGAACCAUGAAUGCAUGUCCAUAUACAGUGUGAUAUCUAUUUGUACAAAAGUUAACUUUUGAGGUUAUUCAAUCGUAAUAAAAUGAUGGAAGAAAGAAAUGAUAAAAGACAACAUAUCUUGUAUAUCGGCGGUAUUUUUCCAGCUUUAAAAUUUAAUUUCGACGACGUGGAUACUAUUCCUCUAAGACAACCAUGCGUAUCCAAUUUAGAUAUAUUUUUCUUAAUCUGUUCGAUUAUAAUGCAUUUAAUUGACAUGGCAUUUGAUAUUAACAUCGCGGUAAGAUAUUUACUGGCAAAUAAAAUAAUAUAUUUUAUUUGUACUCUUUUUUUUCUACUUAUUCCAUCUUUCAUAAAUGUAAUUAUUAGCAGAAGAAUGCAACAUCAAGAUGAAGAGUUAGAUUCAGACUUGAUGCAAUUAGAAAAUCAUAAGUCUGCGCAAAUGAUGAGAAGAAAGAGAAUAUGUUGCAUCUUGGCAGUGGUUUUCCAAUUAGCACCCGUGGUACAUUAUUACGAUACUUUGAUUUAUGCUUUGAAGGCACGUAAUUGUGAAAAAAUAGGAGAUAGGAAUGGCCAAAAACGAUAUUAUUUAAAAAUGCUGAAGGAAGAUCAAGAUGUUGCACUCUUGAGAAUAUUUGAAUGUUUUCUUGAAGCAGCACCUCAGCAAGUUUUACAAUUAACUAUUUUAUUGAAGCAUUAUAACAGCGACAUUAAUCUUGAAUUUAUACAUCAAAUUGGAAGUAUUAUUAGUUCCUUAGCCAGUAUGGGUUGGGCAAUGGCAAGUUAUAAUCGCAGUAUUCGAUUAGCUCAAUUCGAUAAGGAAAUAAUAAGUAUUCAAGGUAACAUAUGUCAAUUUUUGUGGCAUUUUUGUAUUACAGUCUCAAGAAUUUUAAUGGUGAGUUUCAUUGCUAGUAUAUGGCCAUUAUACACUGCUAUCGCUUGUAUCUGUCAUUGGAUUAUCAUGACAAUUUGGAUCUUGGUCGAUUCUCAUGGUAUAUUACAAUUUUGUCGUAAAAAUAAUCGUGCACCACAUAUUGCACCAACGAUAACAGAACGAAUUUAUUCUAUGCUUCUUGCAUUAGUUAUUGGUCUAGUCCACAUAUUUGUAUAUUUAAAUGUUAUAGACGGCAAUACUCGUUUAAAACAUAUAUUCUUUUAUGGCUUAUGUUUUUGCGAGAAUGUUAUUGCAAAUCUUCUUUGGAUGUUAAAUCUAUCUAUAGAAGCAAAAAAUUCUUGGUACUUUUUUAUAUACAUUUUUCCUUGCACAGUAUCUUUCUUAUUAGGUAUUACUGCCAUGAUUCUUUAUUACACGCGUUAUCACCCAGGUAAAAAAAAUCAACCGCAAUCGAGCUUAAGAAAUGAAGAUUGAUUUUUGAUAAUGUUUAGAUAGAUAGCUAUAGCUUUACAUUACAUUAUAUUUCAUUGUUAGAGAUAAACACGCGUAAUAUUCUAUAAUAAAUUAUUAUUCAUUUGAUAAUAUUUAGAUAUAUAAGAGAAGAACAUCAAAAAUUCCGUAAUUAUUAAGAAGUGGUGUUAAAAGUAAGAAUUAAAAUUAAAAAUCAGAUAAGGAAGAUAAACAUGACAUUAAGUAAUAUUUUAUAAAAGGACCACAUAAGAUUUUCAUUUAUUAGUUAUCUAAGAGACAACAAUAAGCCACAUUUUACGUAUAAGUUAAGCUAAUUUUUUAAACGUAUAUAAUGAUAAUUAUAUAUUGUAUCUAAUGUGUUUAUAUUUUUCUAAUCAAUU